CUAGACCUACACAGCCUUGCAACGCCUCAGGGUUUGCGGAACCUUUGCGACGCGGCCAGGGUUCCCCUACCGGGGGCUGAAUGCGGCGGACCUGGUCGUCAGAGUCCGAGCGGCCUGCAGUGAGGGGGAAGUGUGCAGUCCCUGCUGUCAGACAUUAGGGUGUGCCUGGGCAUGCCUGGCACACCCUGUAUGCACGCCUAUGGCUGUAAUCGUGCCUGGAAGGGUUGACCCCUCAAAAGAUGCAAUCUGCCAUCUUAAGUCCUCCAGCCAAUUUAACUCUUCCUGACAUUUCUAUGGUGCUUGCCUAAAUGUGAUCUGUUAGGCAUGCAAGGUGGAGGCAAGCAACAUUAACCAAAAUAGGAUAUAUCUAUUUAUUUAUUUUUUUGAAGAAUUUGUUUCAAACCUGAUAGUUAUCUUCCUCAGGGAAUUCUGAUUAUUCUUCAACCUUGUUUAUCAUUAUGGCUCUAUCUUUUAAACUGCUGGACGGUGUCUUUCUUUCUAGUAGGUGCCAUAGGCAAAAUGCCUUGCAUCCUUUGCUUGGACCUCUCCUCACUGAUUGCAUCUCAAAAUUGUACAGUAGCUAUAGGAGACCAGGGACAGCCCCUGAUAACACUCCACCUUGGAAGAUGAAUUUCAGCUUUGAGAAGGGAGUGGAUGGAAUUAAGAAACAUUUUGGCCUCCUAAAAAAGGAGUUGGUGGAUCACUGGAAAGGGCCUGAGGGCUAUCGUUUAGAUGAGUACUUGUUGGCACAGACUAGAGUGGUCUGGGAGUUUCGCAGCCAGAAAGAUUUAGAUGAGUGGGUGGUUUCUUCUGAUGCCGAGAUCGGAGGGAAAAGUGAAGCCUACCUAAAACUGGGUAAGAAUAAUCAGACUGCUCUGCUGUAUGGGACCCUCAAUACUGAAGCACCUCGAGAUGGGGAGACAGGAUACAGUGGAUAUUGUGCAAUGAGAUCCAAACCGCCAAAGGGAGCAUUUGAAACUAAGAAGUAUUAUGAUUGGUCAAACUUUAAUAGUCUGUAUUUACGCAUUCGUGGUGAUGGUCGACCCUGGAUGAUAAACAUCUAUACAAACCCAUACUUCUCCCAUCAAAAGGAUGACCUGUACAAUUACUUCAUGUUCACCCGAGGGGGUCCAUACUGGCAGGAAAUUAAGAUUCCAUUCUCCAAGUUCUUUCUCUCAAGUCGGGGGAGGAUCCAGGAUGAUCAGCACCCACUCUGGUUAGAUAAGAUUAGUACUGUUGGAUUCACAUUGGGAGACAAAGCAGAUGGCCCUUUCCAGCUGGAGAUAGACUUUAUUGGAUUGCUGAAUGACAGAGCUCACACAGAAGAAUUCGCCUAUGAAAAAUAUGAAAGAAAUCCCAAGGUCUAGGUGGACCUGCAGUCCUGUGGAACAUACUUCAGUAGCUCAUUUUAUUAAAUAUUUAUACAACACCAUGUUAAACCUGAGUUUCUUCAUGCAUGGUGGGAGAGGGAGUUUAUGUAAAUAUUAGAGUAACUGCAUGAAGUGAGUGGGAUGGACUCCAUAAUAAACUGAGCAGACUUGCAGCUUAAGAACAUAUAGUAUUAACGGUUUCUUGUGGCUUCCACCAGCCUGUUGCAGAACUCCACUUUGAAAACAGACCAUGUGAGAUUAUUGCUCUGUUGCUGGGGAGAUAGUUUCAAAGAGAAUCAGGGUCCAGUAGUGCAAAGUUACGUUAGAAGCUGCUGUCUGGAUCUAUUGUCCAGGCACAUGCCUAUUUGUUAGAUGCAGUUUUUAUCCCAAAACUGACAAGGCACAAUUCAUAAGAUAAUAGGGGCUUGUAAUGCUAUAAGAUUUCCUGGUUUGUAUUUUAUCUCACCUUUAGAAUUAGAAUAACCUUCCCUGUUUAAUACUCUCAACUGGCAGGGACUAUAAGCAGGUACACUUCUAACGUGUUCCAAAUAUCAAAAUAGUGUUCAAAAAGUGCUCAACUUAAAGUCUAGAGUUACAACAGUUCAGAAGGUGUACCUGCUUAUAGUCCCUGCCAGUUGUUGAGAGUAUUAAACAGGGAAGGUUAUUCUAAUUCUAAAGUCUCUAACGUAACUUUGCACUACUGGACCCUGAGUCUCUUAGAAACUAUCUCCCCAACAACAGGGCAAUAAUCUCACAUGGUCUGUUUUCACAGUGGAGUUCUGCAACAGGCUGGUGGAAGCCACAAGAAACCGUUAAUACUAUUGCAGAGAAAACCAUAGUUCUUUUCACAGCCAGGGGACUAACAGAUGUUAGGACUGUUCCACAAAUUGUGGACCAACUUCCCCAGGGCCCACAGAGGAGUAGACAUGAGGGUGGACAGGAGUCCAAUCUCAGAUUUUGAUUUUUUAGAUGGAAACCUAACUGUCAUGGUUACAAAGCAAAUCUUCAAAACAUGAACCGUGUAAUGAAUGGAGAGAACCUGG